CGAAAUACGGUCGAGAAAGGAAGGCGCUGUGGCUAGACCCGCUGUGUAAUCGAUUACGCUAACUAUAUAUAUAGAUAUACACACAUAUAGAGAUAUAAUUUUUUGGGAAGCGGUUAUUUUUUAGCUCACAAAAGCAUUUACAUCCAAGCUGAUACAAUAUUGCAGGCUGUUCUGGGGAUAAUCCUUUGGUUUUUGCCCCUUGACUUUGUCUGUUAGCGUGUUAGCCUUUAGCCGAUACUACAUGUCAUAUAUAUAUAAUGAUAUAACAUUUUGGUAAAUAAUUAGUGCAUUCGGUGUAAAUGGUGCAGUGAGUUUCAAUCAUCACGGCCUGUCUGCUGUUCUCAGUGAAGUGAAUUUGUACUUUCAGCUUUAACAUGGCGGAAAACACUGUAGAGAACGUCAGCUCUGUGGAGGGAGAAAGGCAGAAAGAGACGGAGACAGAGCUGUCAUCAGGUGCUGAGAUUCCAAGACCUGAUUUGUCCAAGCCAGACAUGGAGGAAGAUGAGCUGGAUGGGCUUCCUGUUUUUGGAGCAGAUGAAGACGAGAGUGACGUGGAGAGCAGCUCCACUCAAAAAGACAAGCCGACUGAUGUUGGAGAUGAAAAUGACACCAGAAACAGUGUCUCACCGAGAGCUAAUGAAUCGGGUGAAAGUGUGCACUGCUCUCAGAUGGAGGAUGGAACCUCACAAAAUGAAGGCAGUGCGUCAUCACAGGAACCCACUGAAGGAAGCCAAGAGGACAUCGUGUAUUCUCCUCUAAAGAAAAUAAAGGAUGAGCCCAUAGAUGAGGACUAUGAUAAAGCGCUCAUCAGUUCUGCACACUCCUCUGACAUCAGUCGUGUUAAAGAGGAGCUUGAGAAUGGAGAUCAUGAGUCCUUGGUUCCUCUGGAUGAAUUGAGGAUCAGCUCUGUCUUUUCUGUUAGAGGAAACAGUGAUGCCAUUUCCGCUCCUGUUGCAGCCCCACAGCCGUCUCCCUUCUCUAAUAUGACUCAGUCAACCUCAGCAAUCAGACCACCUCCUAUAGUCUUGCAGGCUCAAAUGCAGUCUCCUUUUCAAGCACAUUUGCAGCUUCAACCCAAGACCUUGGCCCAGCUUCAACCCCAUCUGCAAACUCAUCUUCAGGCACAGCUUCAAACUCAUAUUCAACCUCAACUUCAACUCCAAGCACAGCUUCAGGCACAGCUUCAAACACAGCUUCAACCGCAGCUCCCACACCAGCUUCCGACACAACUCCCACAACAUCUCCAACCGCAACUCCCACAGCAACUGCAAACGCAACUCUCACACCAGCUCCCACACCAGCUUCAGCCGCAGCUCCCACACCAGCUCCAGCCACAGACCCCACCACAGCUCCAGGCGCAACCAACACCACAUCCGCAGGCUCAGCCCACACACCAGCUCCAGCCACAGCCCCCACCCCAGCAGCAACCCCCUCCUGGUCCUGUGCGAAUCUGCUGCUCAGGCUGCUCAAAGGUCCUUCAGAAAGGCCAAACUGCAUUUCAAAAGAAGGGUUCCAAUCAGCUGUUCUGCUCCACUGUGUGUCUGACUGGGUUCACCCUGCCUCCAGCCCCCAAUAUUGCCCCAAAGAAAACCUGCCACCUCUGUCUCAAGGUGAUUGGGAAUCCAAAAGACUUAAUAACUGUUCCAAUUGACUCCGCAAACAACUUGAAGGAGUUUUGUAGCCUGUCCUGCCUGAGCAUUUACAAGUCCAGGGUCGAAGGUUUAACUGACGAGGAUGCCGUUGUUAGAUGCUCCGUGUGCAGAAAUCCCAGUGAGAUUCAACAUGAAGUGAAUCACCAGGGUGUUCUGCACCGUCUCUGCAGUGACGAGUGCUUCUCACGUUUCCGCUCCUCUAAAAGGCUGUCCAUGAGCUGCUGUGAGAGCUGCGGCAACUGCACCGUCACAGGAAACUAUCACCUUGUACAGAUAGAGGACGCUGUGAAGAAAUUCUGCAGCCCAGCCUGCAUCAGCACUUUUAAACAGAAAAGCGGUAAGAGGGUACACUGCCCCUGCUGUCAAGAUUUUAAAGCUAUGGAUCAGAUGUUGGAAGGCACAAAUGCGCAGGGGGUCAUCGAGUUCUUCUGCUCCUCCAGAUGUGUGGCUAAUAGCCAGGCGUCCUGCACUUUGUCAGGUGCUUCGUUCCCAUGCACAAAUUGCCAGAAGUUGGCCGUCCCUCAGUAUCACUUGGCUAUGCCUGAUGGAUCCAUUCGGAACUUCUGCUCAUACGACUGUGUUGGUAGAUUCCAGGAGAGGCUACAUAGAUCCUCCGUUCAGAUGAAUGGAGGAUUCUAUCACAGUCCAAACACAGGCCUGCAUCCUCCUGUACCUCAUCAUCCAUCUGCCCAAGGAUUUAAUUCUCAUCCUAAUGCAACACCUGCUUCAAAUCAGAGCACCAUCUCACCAUACGUGCCUGCUUCUCGACUCUCAAAUCCUCAAGACACCCAGCAGUCACUGACCCUCGGCCCUGUCAAACUCACCUGUAAACAGUGCCAGAAGCAGUUCAGCUCUAAACCCGAGGUCCUACAGUUUAAGAAUCACGUGGGCCUCUUCUGCUCACGGCUUUGUUGCGACAUGUAUAAGAGGGAAAGAGAUGUCAAAGCCAUAUGCGAGUACUGCAAAGAAGAAAAGGUGGCCAAGGACACUGUUGUGUAUGAGAAGCAGCCGCGGACUUUCUGUUGCGAAGGAUGCAAACUGCUGUACAAGCACGACUAUGCCAAGCAGCACAGGGGUCAGUGCAGAGUUUGUGCUUACUGCUGCAAUGUGACCCACAAAACCAUCCAGAAUCACUUUGGGGGCAAACUGGAGGAGUUCUGCUCGGAAGAGUGCAUGUCUUUCUACACCGUUCUCUUCUACGAGAUGGCGAAGUGUCAUGCUUGUAAGAAUCAAGGACCACUUAAGGAGAGCAUCAGAUGGGAUGAAAUGGUCCGGCAUUUCUGCAAUCUGUACUGUUUGUUGCAUUUUUGCUCUAAGAGCAUCGUCCCUGAUCAGCCAAACAGCAAUGGUAUUAACACUGCUGCCACCACAGCCCAAGCCCCAUUAUCUCUCUCGAAAGACAUGCCUGUAAUUGGUGGUGUUGUGUCAUUGGCUUCUGCGUUGGCUGGCAACACUGCACUCACAGGAGCAUUGCCUACCUCAAAUGCCAACUCCAAAAUCAUUGGCGACGCGAGCACCCAGACAGAUGCUUCAGUGAAUGGAGACCCUCAGCAGCGACGGAUGCUGAAGAAUAAAGCGGUCAUGUGCAAACCUAUCAAUGAUGAGCAGAGCAUCCAGUGUGAACUUGAGCCUCUAAAACUACUGUCUGAGACAGUUAUUGAUGAAAAUGGAGAGAAUGUCAGACUGGUGCCUAUACCUAUACCUGUUCCAACACCCAUAUACAUUCCUGUGCCCAUGCACCUGUACACUCAGUACACACCAUUACCACUGGGAUUCCCUCUUCCUAUACCUGUGCCACUGGUAGUGCCAGCUUCUUCAGAAUGUGCACAGCCAAGUUCCACUAAAGGCAGCGUCCCUUCACAAAGCUCACUGGAGGAUGAAGAUGUGGAAAAAGGCAAGAGCAGGCCCCUGUCCCAUGGAGACCAAGGCAGUACCUACAGUGGGGAUUUGGAAUCAGAGGCCAGGUCUACCCCCUUCAGUUGGGCAGAUCCUGAGGAUUCUUCACACAAUCUGAAGCCAUCAGUCCCUUUAUUGGAGUUAGAGGGCCCUAAAGAUCCUCCAGUUACCUCCACAGCAUCAGACUUGCCAGAUUUGGAAAAAGACAUUCCUCUUGCAUCAAAUGAUCACGAAGCAACAAAGGAGCAGAAAGCAUCAGCAAAACGACGCAAGAGAGGAAAGAAGGGAUCUGAUGUUGAAGAACCGAAGAAUUUCAAAGAAGAACUGGAUGUAGCCGAUUGUGCACAGUCCAUCUUGGACGUGAAUUUAGAGCAAUUCAGUCAUGAUGGAACACAUGGGAAACAUAUUUUCAUAAGCUCAGAAUGCGCUCCAAUUGAUGAUGAGCUUGAUGAAGCACAAGACACAUUUAAAUAUGGUGAAGAGCUCACCUCGUCCUCUGGGUCAAUGAUACCUUCAAGGCCAAUUCUAAAAAUGGGGAAUAGAGCAGUUAGAGCUCGGGCAUCAGGCACCAAAAAGCAGUUCUGUGUUUACUGUCAAAAAUCAAAUACUAAAAUAGCAAGGCACUUGGAGCGAAAACAUUCAAAUGAAACAGAUGUCGCGUAUGCCCUCAGCUUUCCUAAAAGAUCUAAAAGAAGAUGUAUGCUACUUGACCAGCUUCGCAAAAAAGGCAAUUAUCAUCAUAACAUUGAAGUCAUUCAGAAUGGAAAUGGGGAUAUAGUUAUGCAAAAACGAACAAAAAGGAAAAGGUCUGCCAUGGACUACUUGCCCUGCCAAUAUUGCCUAGCUUUCUUUCUCCGGGAAGGGCUGGAGAAACACGAGUCUUUAUGCAGGACAAAAAUUAUUUCACAAUCUUGUUCAGAGUCCUUGGAACAGCUGGACACUAAACAUGAGUCCAGCUUUCAACCCACUCCAGAACUAAAUGUGCAGCCACUUGUCAGACUAAACCUGGACCAGUUACAAAGUCCAAAGUCUGGCUCUGAAGCCAGGUCACAUCCUGAUCUUGUAUUAAUCAGCCAGUCUAGUGCCAUUGACAGUUCUGAGCUCAUCUCCCAAAAUAAUUUUGAAACAUGCUCUUUCUCAAGUACUCAGUCAAGUCCUGAAAUUUCUGACCAACCAGAUCUAAAACCUUGCCUUGGACCAAGUCAUGUAUUUAGUCAGCCUAGUCCUGAACCCUUCCUUCCAAACAAUUCUGAUCUUGGUCAGGCUCCUAGAGCAGAUUUCUCUGAUGAAUGCACCUUUUCAUCUAGUCUUGAACCUAGCCCUCAAUCUCGUUUUGAAUCCCACCUACAGCCCAAUGAGUUAUCAAGUCCUGUUCACCCUAAUCCCAUACCUUUCAGCCAGAGUACCCUCAUAAUCUCUGCUGAAAACAAUCCAGAGACCAGUAAGACAAGUUUUGAGCUGUGUCCCACCCCUGAGCCUGGCCCACUGCCUUAUCCUGAAUCAAGUCCUAGUCAUCCAAGUGUUGACUCCUGCUUUGAAGAAGUUUUGAGGUCCAAUCCUGAAACCACUCUAUCCUGUACUCCUGAAUAUUACAGCAUUGUUGAAUCUAAUGUAAAAACUACUCUUGAAUCAUGUCUUGUAUCUAGUAUGGUGUACACUGAUGUAUCUAGCAAGGCAAAUCUGAAUGCUGAACCUUGCCACCAGCCCAGUGUCAAGCAAAUGCCAAGCGCACAUCCUACUCAACCAGGUUUUGAGUCCUUGCCGUCCAGUGUGGGAUGUGAUCUUAGGGAACCACCUAGUCCAGAAUUGUGCAGUCAAACCACAUUCAUGUUGAGUCAUGAACCUACAUUUCAAUCUAAAUUUGAAUCCUGCACACAAGCUGAGAAAACCAGUCCUUGUUGUAGUCCCAAAUCUCAUCAUCAAAGUAGGUUCCUCUGUGGUGAAUGCAGACAAAGUCCCAGUCAGACAAAUUUUGAAUUGUGCCUCUCAUCCAGCCCUGAAACUAGCCCUCUGCCUUAUCCUGAAUCAGAUCCUGGUCUUCAGAUUAGUUUCGAGCCCUGCUUUGAGCCAGUUUUUCAGUCUAGUUCUGAAACUAGUGUCUUUCCUACUCCUGAACCUUUCUGUUACCAAGGUGUUGAGUCCAACAUGAAACCUACUGUUGAACCCUGUCUCACAUCCAGUAUGAAGUGCAGCAGUCCUGAGGCUAAUACAGAGUCUAUACCACAGAUGCCCAGUACCAUCUCCCAGAGUCUGGAUUCAGAUGCCUCAAGUGGACUUGAUUGCAAUCUGAUUAAAGAUGACUGUUCACUCAGGCCUCCUGCAGAAAGCUUGACAUAUCAAAAGAAGUCUUUUGAGAUUGUUGAUGCAGACUCCACUUUUAGCUCAUCAUCUUGCACGAAAACCGAUACAGCAUCCACCCUAAAGCUCAAAAAAUGUUCUGGAUCACACUCGAGCCUGAAGUCCAGUCCACAAUCUAGUUCAAGUUUAACCUGUAGUACCGCUUCUUCCAAAUCAGUGCUGUUCCAACAGAUAAGUUUAAACAAAACACCAGAUUGUGAGGGUUUAGGGAAGAAAAGGCAGUUCUGUCUUUACUGUAAAAAACCUUACAUCAAAAUGGCACGGCAUUUGAGCCAAAAACAUGCAAAUGAAAUGGAUGUAGUACAUGCUCUUGGUUUUCGAAAGGGGUCUAAAAAACGCCUUUUUGUACUUGAACAGCUUCGAAAGAAAGGGAAUUAUCAGCAUAAUGUUGAAGUUCUUAAAAAUGGAAGUGGAGAGCUCAUCACCUCAAAACGAGCAAAUAAAGAUUAUUCUGUGGGCGUGUACCUGCCUUGUCAGUAUUGCUUGGCAUUUUAUAUCCGCCAUGAACUGUGGAGGCACGAAAGACGUUGCCAAAUGAGAACAAAUGGCAACCCCGUUUGCCUUAAAAGGACUGUAUCCUCCAAGUUGCUUCCACUGCAGGGUAGUGUUUCUGGAGAUUUGGAAGAAGCCAUUCAUAGUAUGAAGCAAGACAGUGUCUUGCAUCAUUUAAGAGAUGAUGCUCUAAUUUGCAAGUAUGGUGCUUGGCUUUUUGUCAAACUUGGACAUGAUAAAAAGCGUCAAAUAUAUAUAACGCAGAAGAUGAGGGAAUUGGCUAGAUUCAUGCUAGCUGUGAAAGAGUUAGAUGGAAGUGUUCAGUAUUUGCACCAUGUGUGCACUCCAUCCAGGUUUGAUUUGGUCAUUAAAGGUGCAAAAAUAGUUAGUGGGUUUGAUGAAACUUUGAACAAAUUUGAAAAGCCAUCUCUGGCAAUAAAAAUUGGCAAUUCCAUAAGGCAAGCAGCUGAAAUUAUUUGUGGUGAGAAUGUUAUGGAGGGUGACACAGAGACUGUUGCUAAUGUUAAAGAGUUUAUUGGGCUUCUUGAGAAAAAUUGGAUUUCUUGUGCUAAAAACACUAACCUAGUUGACCGUUGCAUCGACAGGCCUACUGCAGCACUAUUUGCAUGUCAAGAAAACUGUCCAGUGUCAAAUAAACCCAGCAAAAAUCUCAAGCCUGAGUCAUGUGCCCAUAGUACUAGUCAAGAAGGUGGUGAAAAUGUGGACGGUAAUGAAUCUGGACUGUACGCGGUCAUCUCAAAUGGAUCACAGUCUUACCCAGAUAAGAAUGAAAAGUUACUUUGCAGCAUUAAUGGUGUAGAGCCAUCUGCCAACCCUGCAGCACAAUCUUCUGGAUCUCAACAGUCUAAGGUCUCUUAUUCAAAGUCAGAAGUGUUACCUUUCAGAACAAGAACAGCAAAAAGUGGGAAAAAACAAUUCUGUGUGUAUUGUACAAAACCCUUCAUCAAAAUAGCCAGGCACUUGUCACGGAACCAUGCAAAAGAAACGGACGUAGCCCGUGCCCUCAGCUUUCCGAAGGGAUCCAAACUGCGACAAUGCUUACUUAAACAGCUCCGUAAUAGAGGUAAUUACCAGCAUAACAUCAAAGUUCAGCAAACUGGAAAUGGGGAAAUCAUCCCACAGAGGCGGCAAAAGAAGUAUGAUUUGUUGACUUCCUACCAACCAUGCCCUCAUUGUCUGGGUUUUUUUCUCCAGCAUGAACUGUGGAGACAUGAAAGAUCAUGUGACAUGAAGAAUGAUGAAAAGCCCUGUCACAGAAGAACGUUUCAUUCAGCCUUAUGUAAGAAGUUUGCCUUGCAUGACUUGUCUGAGGGCUGCCAAACUCUUGUUUGCAACAUGAGAGAUGAUGACAUCUCAAAAUAUCUAAGGAAUGAUGCCUUAAUCUGCAAAUUAGGAAAUAGAUUUUAUGAAAAACAUGGGCAUGAAAUGGAAGGAAACGGAUACAUAUCGAAGAAAAUGAGGGCACUAGGUCGAUUUAUGUUGGCCGUGAGGGAGUUGGAUCACAAUGUUCAGGAUCUGUAUCAAGUGUGUACUGAAUCCAGGUUUAGUUUGGCUUUGGAAGCUGCCAAGAAGAUUGGGGGCUUUGAUCCACACACUAACAAGUUUAAAAAAUCCGUAGCAUUUAAAAUGGGUUCUUACUUGAAGUGGGCCACUGAAAUUGCUUUGGGAGAGAAUGAUAUUAGAGAUGAAGCUCGAAAUCAAGCUCAAAAAUUCAUGGAGCUGCUGGGAACAGCUUGGUUUUCUUAUGAACCUUCACAAAUUCACGCUACAAGUCCUUGUAAACAGACUGAGGGGGAUAUUAUACAUCUGGUAGAUGAUGUUGUCAAACUACAGAAUUUCCUGAAAAAUGCUGAAGACAAAGCCAGAUUGGAUCUUGUGGAGCAUCCUAAUCGUGAUUCAUGGAAAAGACUAUGUAAAAGCCUUCUUGCUGAAAUGACACUAUUUAACAGAGGACGAAGGAGCAUUGCUGAGAAAAUGCUGCUUGAGGAUUACAUACAGAGGGACAAAGAGCCUAUCCAUGAUGAAAUGUUUGAACCCCUAACAAAGCUGGAACGAGCUCUUAAUGGUGUGUUAAUAAGAGUGGGAGUCACUUGUAAAGAUGGAAGUUGCAUUCCUGUUUUGUUUACUGAACGGAUGGCCUCAUCUCUGGAUAUCCUUAUCAAAUACCGUGAGGGUGUAGGUGUUCCCAUGGACAAUCCUUAUAUGUUUGCUCAAACGAUGGCUGAUGCUCAUAUAAGAGCACAUGACUGCAUAAGAGCCUUGGCCCAAAAUUGUGGUCUAAGCAAGCCUCAUGUUCAUACACACAAGUACGUGGCUACUAUUUUCCAAAUACUGAGCCUUAAUGGCAGUGAAAAGCAUCAAUUAGCUACACUUGUGGGCGACGACAGCUUUGACCAUCAAACGCUGGAUGAAAACUUCUCAGAAUUGGCAAAAAUCUGCAAAAUGUUGCAAACAAUGGACGAAGGAACUGGUGCAUCCGAGGACACAGGUCUUGGCCAUGUUGCUGCCCUAAGAUGCAAAAGACAAAAAUGGAAGAAGGAAGAACAACGAGCUGUGAGGAGGCAACUGGGAAAUUAUAUAUCCACCAGUAAAGUGCCAGGAAAAAAGGACUGUCUGGACUGCAUUAGGACUGAGCCGGAGGCGCUCAGGACAAGAACAUGGAGGGACAUCAAAAAUUAUGUCCAUAACACCAUAAUGUCAAAGAAAAGGAAGAGGAAGGGUUCAAGGCAGCUGGACAGUGAAAGUGACGAGGAAGAGCUUUGUGAAGUUGCCGCUAUGGAGGCUGCUGCAAAAAGACCUCGUUGUAAAAGAAGACGGCGUCACCAUGUAUGACUAUAAUGCUUGUAUAUUAUCUACACGUUGAAAUGGACCAUGUCUGAUUUGGAGGAGAAUUGAAUGGAAGAUUAGGCGAGAGUUUAAGAAUCUUUUGAAGAAAAACAAGGUGCAUAUUACAGAUGACAGGUGGUGAUGUUAGACUGGAUAUUCCCAGGUCAACUAGAAGGCAGAUAUUGGUGUGAGAAGACAUCUUUUAUUUCCCUUUUUUUUUCUUUUCAUUUCUCUCCUGAUUUUUGUCCACACCUGGUUGCUCAAGAGUAGCAUUAGUCUCAGAAGAUGAGAACACUUUCUGAUGUGAAACUGGCCAACGUUUCUCCCCCCAGCUGCCAGCUCCAUAGUUGAGCAUAUUUGCUGGCUGUUGGAUUCAAAAAUGAAAAAAUUGAAUAUGGCUGUUCUUAAUAGUAAUAUUACAACAGCCUCCUUAUGUUGUUAAACACCUUAAAUGACCAAACAGUUAGACAGUAAUGUCUUGAUGCACUCGUGUUACUUUGGGGCCAUUACCUUGCCAGAGGUGAUUAUUUUCCAAUAAGAGCACAUCCUGAAGUGUUCAGUUCCUCUUAGAACAUGGCAGUUUUAAGAUUUUUCAUUUGUGUUCAAGAAUGAGUAUCACUUUUUUUUUUUAAAUCAGUUUAUAUUUACAGACAACCAUUCACACUACAGGAUAAAGCGACUAGAGAUGAUGAGAUGAGUUUAUAUUUACUGUUCAGGAAGGUCUGUGAAACAAUUUUGUUAUAACAGCUAUAAACUCUCCUUUAAAGCUAAUAAGAUGAAUAAAAAAUUGACUUUCCCCACAGUGGAAAAUGUAUAGGAAUAACUUUACCUCAAAAAUUUUUCUUGCAUAAAAUGUUAAGUCAACAUUUUACAUAAAGCUUCACCAGAACAUCAGUUAUUUGGUUGGUUGGUUUUUUUCUGCUGUUAAAUGACAGCAUCUUUAAAAAAAAAAAUCAAAGGAAUGAUUUUAUUGUUACCACACAAUCAAUACCAGCUAGUUUAUUGUUCUAUCUAGUUGUCGAGCCACAAUACAAGUUCCUGUGAACGAGUUGGUGCACAAAAUGACAAUGUAAUAAAACACUAUCUUUGAUUAGAAUUACACUCAUAACAGAAAAUUAAUCAACAUCUCUGCAUUAAUGAAAAUCUAGAAUUCUGCACCGUUGUGGUGUAAUUCAAUUUCAUGAAAAGACACUUGCUCCAAGUGCUUGAUUCUGUUAUAAGGCCUAAAAUGCACCCUUUAUUUGUGAUUGUUAGUUUGAUGUGAUUCACUUGAAGCAUUUCUGACAUCAAGACCAGAUUUGUUUUAUUUUCUAAGAAUGACUCUACAGAUGAUAUAUUUAGCUCUUUCAUAAUAAUCUGUUCACGUCCUGUUGUGAAUUAAUGAUUUUUUUGCUUUGUGACACUAUAAUUUCACUGUGAACUGUUAAGGACCAAUUUCAGUGUCCAGAUUUUUUUUUAAAUUGUUAUUUAAAUUUUUUUUAAACAAGUAAGAACUUUGUCUCCUUUCAUAUGAUGUAUUUUUUGUUUGUUUAGCCCUAAAGCUUAUUGAAGAUUCUCCCACCCCCCACCCCAGUUCAAAUUGAGACUUGACCUCAAAAUGUACUCUGGAAAUGUAAUACAUUUUAGGUUAUCAUAUUAUACUUUUAUUUCACAUAUUUUCAUUGCAAUGUGGUGUU